AUGGACGGUCAAGGAGACAGGGAGAUUCUGGCUGGGAGACCCAGACUUGCUACCAGUACAUUUGAAGGAAGCCCGAAUUCUGACCUACGGCUACAUCGCCGCUGUUAUAGCAAUACUUGGGAAGCCCUCGUCGGACACGAUGCUAGUGAUAAAGCCGUGCUCGCAUUCUACGCCCGACUCCUUGUGGACAAAUUGACCCCUUCAAUGCUCUGCGAUCCUGACGGUCACCUCCUGGACGCGCUCAGACCAAACUCGGUGAUGUUGAGGAAUAUCACUGAUAUGUUUGUCCCUAUGAUGAAGAAGCCGGCAUGCUCGCAAUUUACCCGAUGGGUGAAUGUUGACAGCAUAGAGAUUGUACGCGAAUCUUUGCCUGCCCCCAUUCUCGAUGGCACAGAGCGCCGUGGCCUCCCAUAUGAUCAUAGAAACAUGUGCCGGCUCGAAGGUCGAACUUUGCCCGAAUAUAAGGCCAUUGUUGCUGCACUUGUGCGGUAUGCUUUGGGGGAUGAGUCUGUGGUUGCGGGACGAUGA